GCGGGGCCGGGCCGGGCGGGUGCGCUCAGUCUGGUGGCGGCGGUGGUGCACGGACAGACAGACGUGUCGGGAGCGCAGGACCGCCCGCAGCCCAGCAAUCCGGGCCGCGCCCGCCCGCCCGCCCGCCAUGGUGUCGUGGAUCAUCUCCAGGCUGGUGGUGCUUAUAUUUGGCACCCUUUAUCCUGCAUAUUAUUCAUACAAGGCUGUGAAGUCCAAGGACAUUAAAGAAUAUGUCAAAUGGAUGAUGUAUUGGAUUAUAUUUGCCCUCUUCACCACGGCAGAGACGUUCACAGACAUCUUCCUUUGCUGGUUUCCAUUCUAUUAUGAACUAAAAAUAGCAUUUGUAGCCUGGCUGCUGUCUCCCUAUACAAAAGGAUCCAGCCUCCUGUACAGGAAGUUUGUUCAUCCCACAUUGUCUUCAAAAGAAAAGGAAAUCGAUGACUGCCUGGUCCAAGCAAAAGAUCGAAGCUAUGACGCCCUUGUGCACUUUGGGAAGCGGGGCUUGAAUGUGGCAGCCACAGCAGCUGUGAUGGCUGCCUCCAAGGUGGCUCGAAUCUUUCAUUUUGUCUCCUCCUUGGACCUCAGAGAAGGGCAGGGACAGGGUGCCUUGUCUGAGAGACUGCGGAGCUUCAGCAUGCAGGACCUCACCACCAUCAGGGGUGAUGGUGCUCCUGCUCCCUCGGGCCCUCCUCCACCAGGGACCGGGAGGUCCAGCGGCAAACACAGCCAGCCCAAGAUGUCCAGGAGUGCUUCUGAGAGUGCCGGCAGCUCAGUGUGUACCUGCUGCUCCACCUGCAGGACCCGGAAAGUGGUUGAGGGAGAUGUGAAUGAGGGUGGUGUGAAGUCAUGGGAGCCCCACCAGGUCCGAAACCCACUGGCGUUUUCUGACGAGGAGGAGGAGGACCUGUUGGAGUUCAUGUACAAGUAUAAGGCACCGAGGAGGACCGAGUUGCCCCUGGAGGCACCGCCUAGAACCCUGCGAUCCCGCUUCAGGAAGAAAAGUACCUCAUCCUCGGCCACUGAAACCACGUGAGAUGAGCCAACAGCCCCGGAUCCACACAUGUCUGUCUCCUCUGCCUUAAAGAGCUAGUCACUAGUACCAUGGAAGUCCGCAGGCUGGGUGUGCUUCGAGUGUGCAGCCCGCAGACAUGGCCUUUACUCGCUCCCCUCUUCUGCCUUUAAGACUCUUCUGUUCUUUCCUUUUUGUUCCUGCUGGGGAGAGGCUAAAGGGAAAAGGUGGUGGCGGAGGGUGACCUUUACAUCUUCUGGGGUUAGUGGUUUUCCCCAAUUGGAUUGUCAUUGUGGCCGCAGUGUUUUUAGAUCUAUAAGCACUCUUUCCAUGAUGCUGCUGAGAUGUACAUUUGUAAUUUGUUUGUUGCAUAGUUUUUAGUCCUGUAAAUGCAAACGACGUGAUCUUUUUUAAAAACCCUUUUGUUGUUCUUGGUAUUAAUACAUUGGACUAUGGUGUACAUAUUUACAGCUUUUGGCUUAAUGUAAUGAACUCGCAAGGGCUGCCAGAAGUUCUGGUGAGAGAGCUGCAAAAACAAAAAUGUAGACAAAUAUUUUAAUUCUAGGCAACGUCUCCAACUUCCUUACAAAGGCAGUGCCGGUAAUGCAUCCCUUCUCCUGCAGGAAGGCGGUGGUGUGCUUCUGGUGGCUGAGUGGUUGGUAGGGCAGAGCGGAGGCAGGAGUGCAGUGUUUUCCAGCAACAGGAAGAAAGUUGGUGGGCAUCAGGGAAGAGGAAGGAAGAGUACGGCUUCUUCAGUUCUGGGUCCCUGGCUGUCCUAACAGAUUUGUUGUGCUGUACCUAAUCUCACCCUUCCUGCCCUUUGGGGUCAAGAACAGACAGAAGCUUCCGAGCCUUCUGGGGAGUACUGGCCCUGCUUCAGGCAGGCCGGCUCACCCUUACUUAGCAAGAUCAGCUGCUGGCAGAAUUUUGAGUAUCUCAGAAGGGCUUGGCAAGAGUGUUUCUCCUUCAGGGACCAGCGCUGUGGCCGAUUUCUCCAGGAGAAGGAGCCUACAUCUGAGCACCUUGUUUUAGAGUACACGAGGCAAAAAGUCUAGCCGGGCGUGGUGGUGCACGCCUUUAAUCCCAGCACUG